AUGUAUGGCAAAAAUCGUUCCAACGAGGACUUUUGUGUUUUUGAAAUCGAAGCGAAUCCAAGUCAUUGGGAAAGACUUGAUAGUGUUAGUACAGCGUACAAAAAUGUCGGAUGGCGUUACCAAAUUGUAAAGGCGGCAGCCUUUGACAAACCCGGCACCAUGACAUUCUAUCACCAAGGUACGGAUAGGCGUCGCAGCGAGUUUGGAUUUUCGAUCAAGUCUAUGGGGAAUACAGACAAUGAGCACUUUUCGAAAGUGGAAGUUCCUACACUUCGACUUGCUGAUUGGAUUCAAACGGAAUUGCUAGAACGUCAAAUCCCUGCAACGCCUCCGUCUGGGACCACUUAUGAGAAACCGAUAUUUGGAAUGAAGUUUGACAUUGAAGCAUCAGAACUUGUUGUACUCCCAGAUAUGCUGAUGACCGGUGUUAUGUGCAAAAUUGAUUUCAUGUUUGGCGAGUAUCAUACGUUUCUAGUGCCCAUGGAAUUUGAGAAUCCAAAUGUCACUGUGAAAAACGAAGGGCAAGUGAGAUUUCUGAGAAAUGCGAUGAAAGGAAUCUUGGGAACCGCAAGAAAUUGCCAGACUUCCUUCAUUAUAAUGGACGAUGAGGAAUAUUUGCAUGAUGGGAAGCCACUCCCCGGGGAUCAACAAUAG